CUGAACCUGCAGAUCUCUUGAAGGUAUUAGAUUUUCAUAAUUUACCUGAUGGUAUAACAAAAACAACAGGGUUUUGCACAAGCAGAAGAUCUUCGAAAGAAGCAGAUGUUGCUUAUAGAGUAACAAAAGACGCUCAGCUUAGUGCACCGACAAAACAGCUGUAUCCUGCUUCCCCAUUCCCAGAGGACUUCUCCAUUCUAACCACUGUAAAAGCGAAGAAAGGAGGUCAGUCCUUCUUGAUCUCAAUUUACAAUGAGCAAGGGAUCCAGCAAAUUGGUGUGGAGAUGGGUAGAUCUCCUGUAUUCCUGUAUGAAGACCAUACAGGAAAGCCAGGCCCAGAAGACUAUCCUCUCUUUAGAGGCAUUAACCUAGCAGAUGGCAAGUGGCACAGAGUAGCUAUCAGUGUGCAGAAGAAAAAUGUCACUUUGAUUUUGGACUGUAAAAAGAAGAUAACCAAGUUCUUGGACCGAAGUGACCAUCCCAUCAUUGAUGUCAAUGGCAUUAUUGUGUUUGGAACAAGGAUAUUGGAUGAGGAAGUCUUUGAGGGCGACAUCCAGCAGCUCCUGAUCGUGGCGGACCCCCGAGCAGCCCACGAUUACUGCGAACAUUACAGCCCCGACUGCGACACCGCCGUCCCCGACUCCCCCCAGUCCCAGGACCCCAACCAGGAUGAAUAUUAUACAGAUGGGGAGGGAGAAGGUGACACCUACUACUACGAGUACCCCUACUAUGAAGAUGUUGAUGAAGCUGUAAAGCCAGAAGUACCCACCACCAAACCUGGCACUCCUGAAGUGGCUGCUGGAGAGAGACCUGAAACCAAGCAGGACUAUCCUGCCCCUACAACCUCACCUGGUGGAGGGGACGCUGGCAAGCUGACAAAAGGGGAUGCUGUGGUGGAUGACCCUCUCGUGGAUGAGUACAACUAUGAAACCAUUAACGAAGAAUACUUCACGCCUCUCCCCUAUGAAGAUGUCAACUACAACGAAGAAGUAGACCCCCAGGGCGGACUCACUGAAAACGCCGUGGAAGCUGAACUCCCCACAAGUACCGUCAUGACCUACAAUGAGACUGAUGCUGCUCAAGGAGGAGAUGAUUUGGAUAAAGAUUUCACCGAGGAAACAAUAAAAGAAUAUGAUGGAAAUUAUUACGAUAACUAUUAUGACCGAACAGUGUCUCCCGAUAUUGGCCCCGGCAUGCCUGCUAACCAGGACACUAUCUACGAAGGGAUCGGUGGCCCACGGGGCGAGAAAGGACAGAAGGGGGAGCCUGCGAUUAUUGAGCCGGGUAUGCUGGUGGAAGGCCCACCUGGUCCCGAAGGCCCAGCAGGCCUUCCAGGACCUCCAGGACCAACUGGACCCGUGGGCUUAAUGGGUGACCCUGGGGAGAGAGGACCACCUGGCCGCCCAGGUCUUCCAGGAGCAGAUGGUUUACCAGGACCACCAGGGACAAUGCUUAUGUUGCCUUUCCGCUUUAGUGGAGGAGGAGAUGCUGGCUCUAAAGGACCUCUCGUUUCGGCCCAGGAGGCCCAAGCCCAAGCCAUCCUGCAGCAGGCCAGGCUGGCGCUGAGAGGACCAGCAGGUCCAAUGGGUCUGACGGGGCGGCCGGGCCCCAUGGGACCUCCGGGCAGUGGUGGACUAAAGGGAGAAGCUGGAGAAAUGGGACCUCAGGGUCCACGAGGCAUCCAGGGUCCUCCCGGUCCGGCAGGAAAACCAGGCCGCAGGGGACGAGCUGGCAGCGACGGUGCCCGGGGCAUGCCAGGCCAGACAGGACCAAAGGGUGACCGAGGGUUUGAUGGCUUGGCUGGUUUGCCUGGUGAGAAGGGAAAUAGAGGUGAGCCAGGCCCCCAUGGACCCCCAGGGGCGCCCGGAGAGGAUGGGGAGAGGGGAGAUGAUGGAGAAGUUGGACCCAGAGGCCUACCUGGAGAACCUGGACCCCGAGGACUGCUGGGACCGAAGGGGCCACCCGGACCCCCGGGGCCACCGGGUGUGGCUGGUAUGGACGGACAAACAGGUCCCAAGGGGAAUGUGGGUCCUCAAGGUGAGCCAGGUCCCCCAGGACAGCAGGGUAACCCAGGUGCUCAGGGUCUUCCAGGUCCACAAGGCGCGAUUGGUCCCCCAGGAGAGAAAGGGCCGCUGGGCAAACCUGGUCUUCCUGGCAUGCCUGGUGCAGAUGGUCCUCCGGGUCAUCCUGGCAAGGAGGGUCCUCCUGGAGAGAAGGGCAGUCAGGGUCCACCAGGUCCUCAGGGCCCCAUCGGUUAUCCAGGACCACGCGGAGUCAAGGGAGCAGAUGGCGUUCGUGGAUUGAAAGGCACCAAAGGUGAAAAGGGAGAAGAUGGUUUCCCUGGCUUUAAAGGUGAUAUGGGCAUCAAAGGAGACCGGGGAGAAAUUGGACCUCCUGGCCCCCGAGGUGAGGAUGGUCCUGAAGGUCCCAAAGGUCGCUCUGGCCCCAAUGGAGAUCCUGGUCCUCUUGGUCCUGCUGGAGAGAAGGGAAAACUCGGCGUGCCAGGACUGCCCGGCUACCCAGGCAGGCAGGGCCCAAAGGGCUCAAUCGGCUUCCCAGGAUUUCCAGGAGCCAACGGAGAGAAGGGCACACGGGGGACACCUGGCAAGCCAGGCCCAAGGGGGCAGCGCGGUCCAACGGGUCCACGUGGGGAAAGAGGCCCUAGGGGAAGCACUGGGAAACCUGGCCCAAAGGGCAACUCUGGUGGUGAUGGCCCCCCUGGUCCUCCUGGCGAAAGGGGACCUCCAGGGCCUCAAGGACCGACUGGAUUUCCUGGACCAAAAGGCCCCCCUGGUCCUCCUGGGAAGGAUGGAUUGCCUGGUCACCCCGGACAGAGAGGAGAAACAGGUUUCCAAGGCAAGACCGGCCCUCCAGGACCCCCUGGUGUCGUAGGCCCUCAGGGUCCAACUGGUGAAACUGGACCAAUGGGUGAGCGAGGACAUCCAGGCCCUCCAGGUCCCCCAGGUGAACAAGGUCUUCCUGGCCUCACUGGAAAAGAAGGGACCAAGGGAGACCCUGGUCCUGCCGGCCUCCCAGGGAAGGAUGGUCCCCCGGGCUUGCGAGGCUUCCCCGGAGAGAGAGGUCUUCCUGGCCCCAUUGGUGCUCCAGGGCUGAAAGGCAACGAAGGUCCCCCAGGCCCUCCAGGUCCAGCAGGCUCUCCCGGUGAGCGCGGUCCUGCGGGAUCAGCUGGCCCGAUAGGCUUGCCAGGGAGACCUGGCCCCCAGGGACCUCCAGGACCCGCAGGUGAAAAGGGAGCCCCAGGCGAGAAGGGUCCUCAAGGACCGGCUGGCCGGGAUGGCAUCCAGGGCCCAGUGGGACUACCAGGUCCAGCAGGUCCCGUCGGCCCUCCCGGAGAGGAUGGAGACAAGGGCGAGAUCGGGGAGCCUGGCCAGAAGGGCAGCAAGGGUGACAAAGGGGAGCAGGGUCCACCAGGUCCUACUGGCCCACAGGGUCCAAUUGGUCAGCCUGGCCCAGCUGGUGCCGAUGGAGAGCCAGGUCCCAGAGGACAGCAAGGCCUCUUUGGUCAGAAAGGUGAUGAAGGACCCCGAGGUUUCCCUGGUCCCCCUGGCCCAGUGGGCUUGCAGGGCUUGCCUGGGCCACCUGGUGAGAAGGGAGAAACAGGUGAUGUUGGGCAAAUGGGUCCGCCCGGCCCACCUGGACCCAGAGGUCCAUCUGGACCACCAGGAGCAGAUGGUCCACAGGGUCCUCCUGGGGGAAUAGGAAAUCCUGGUGCAGUAGGAGAGAAGGGUGAACCUGGUGAAUCUGGUGAGCCUGGUCUUCCCGGCGAGGUUGGCCUCCCGGGUCCUAAAGGUGAAAGAGGUGAAAAGGGUGAAGCAGGUCCCUCUGGUGCUGCUGGUCCACCUGGCCCUAAAGGUCCACCAGGCGACGAUGGUCCCAAAGGCAGCCCUGGUCCGGUUGGUUUCCCUGGUGACCCUGGUCCUCCUGGAGAACCUGGUCCGGCCGGUCAAGAUGGUCCCCCUGGUGACAAAGGGGAUGAUGGUGAACCUGGACAGACUGGUUCCCCUGGUCCCACGGGAGAGCCAGGCCCCUCCGGACCCCCGGGGAAAAGGGGCCCUCCUGGUCCAGCUGGUCCUGAAGGAAGGCAAGGGGAGAAAGGAGCCAAGGGUGAAGCUGGUUUGGAAGGACCUCCUGGGAAGACUGGCCCAAUUGGUCCUCAAGGUGCUCCAGGGAAGCCCGGCCCCGAUGGCCUUCGAGGGAUUCCUGGUCCAGUCGGUGAACAAGGUCUUCCGGGAUCCCCUGGCCCAGAUGGUCCUCCAGGCCCAAUGGGCCCACCGGGUUUGCCUGGUCUUAAAGGAGACUCUGGCCCUAAAGGGGAGAAGGGUCACCCAGGUUUAAUUGGUCUUAUUGGACCGCCGGGAGAGCAGGGAGAAAAGGGUGACAGAGGUCUCCCAGGCCCCCAGGGCUCAGCAGGACCCAAAGGAGAGCAGGGUAUCACAGGUCCUUCUGGACCAAUCGGACCUCCAGGGCCACCAGGAUUACCGGGUCCGCCUGGUCCCAAAGGUGCUAAAGGAUCAUCAGGUCCAACAGGUCCAAAGGGUGAAUCAGGUCUUCCUGGGCCCCCAGGGCCUCCUGGUCCUCCUGGGGAAGUUAUCCAGCCAUUGCCUAUCCAGUCUUCCAAGAGGACCAGGAGAAACAUUGAUGCCAGCCAGCUGGUGGACGAUGGAAAUACCGACAACUACAUGGACUAUGCGGAUGGCAUGGAGGAAAUUUUCGGCUCGCUGAAUUCCUUGAAACUGGAAAUAGAACAAAUGAAGCAUCCAUUGGGCACUCAACAUAACCCAGCACGUACCUGCAAGGAUCUGCAGCUCUGUCACCCCGAUUUCCCAGAUGGUGAAUACUGGGUUGAUCCUAACCAAGGAUGUUCCAGGGACUCUUUCAAAGUUUACUGUAAUUUCACAGCUGGUGGAGAGACUUGCAUCUUCCCUGAUAAGAAAUCUGAAGGAAGUAAAAUGGCUCGUUGGCCCAAAGAACAGCCUUCCACAUGGUAUAGUCAGUACAAGCGGGGGUCUUUGCUCUCCUAUGUGGAUUCGGACGGGAACCCCAUUGGCGUGGUGCAGAUGACUUUCCUCCGGCUCCUGAGCGCUUCGGCCCACCAGAACAUCACCUACAACUGCUACCAGUCCGUAGCCUGGCACGACGCCACCACCGACAGCUACGACAAGGCCAUCCGCUUCCUGGGCUCCAACGACGAGGAGAUGUCCUACGACAACAACCCCUACAUCCGAGCCACCCUCGAUGGCUGCGCGGCAAAGAAGGGCUACCAGAAGACUAUCCUGGAAAUCAACACGCCUAAAGUAGAGCAAGUACCUAUAGUCGACAUCAUGUUCAAUGACUUCGGAGAAGCAUCACAGAAAUUUGGAUUCGAGGUGGGACCAGCUUGCUUCAUGGGCUAAGAGCCACCUGAAAACUAGUCUCCAAAUGAGCAACCUCGUAACCUCAUUGCGCCAUUUAAUUAAUUAAAAAAAAAAA